CUCAGCUACAGCCCUUUCCAUUCUGACUCACAUGCAUAAAGUUGUAUCAAUGCCUACGAUAGAUGAAGAGUUAGGGGUAGUCAGCCCUCGCUCGGUAUUCAUUGUUCGACUAGUCGUGCGUUUUUACAAUGGCCUUCUACUCUUUGUAGCUUGGUUAGCGAUUUUGUCUCUAGGGAUGACAAUCUUUGGCCUAUCCCAACCGGACAGCUUGAGUGGCCUCGAGUUCACGGCAGCAGCUCUACUUACCAGUACCGCAAUCACCGCGGUCGCCGCAGUCGCCAUCACCACCAUGCUUCAAUUCAAUUUCCGGUCGAUGAAGGGUCAAUACGAGAGACUGGAUCUUAUAAUGUCUUGGGUGCCUUUGUUCUUGUUUGAUGUCGUCAUACUGCAAGCCAUGGCGGGCUUGUUGCUUUGGCAUACCAACAACUUCCCAAGCGGAGUCGUCGUGUUCUUCGCUUUCGAAGUACUGGUCUUGCUCAUCGCUAUGAUCAUAGCCUCUAUUUGGGCUAGGAGAAAGAUCAAAUCGCUGGUCGGCAUGGCCCACCUGAACACUGAUGAUACCGAAGGGAUGGACUGGAACGAUGGACCUUGUACUCCAUACCAAGAUGGAUGCUCAUGCUCCCCUCAUCAGCCUUAGGUAAGGAGUGAGUUCAUAUGCUAGUCAUACCGGGAAGAAACAGACUGGACUCGCUGGUUCGAACGUGGAUCGCGGAUUCUCAGAUGCGAAGAGCACGAGCGGAGUUGUAAAUUGCCAGAUCUUAGACGUUUGAAUAGGCA